GGCGAAGAAUUCUUAAGAAAAAUGAGCGGAAAAAAGAUAAUGUACGUUGGCGAUUCAGUAAGCGUAAAUCAGUGGCAAUCAAUGGUUUGCCUUCUUCAUGCUGCAUUGCCAUCUCAAUCCAACAUAACUGAUGAAACUAUCAACUCAACUAGAACCGUCACGUACCAGGAUUACGGAGUUUCGAUUUCGGUUUUCUUAUCUCAUUACUUGGUAGACAUUGUUGAUGAGAAAAUUGGACGGGUUAUGAGACUUGAUUCCAUCGCAGACGGAGAUAUAUGGAAAGAGAACGAUGUUUUGAUCUUUAAUACUUGGCUUUGGUGGUAUCGUAGCGGAGAUAAACAACCAUGGGAUUAUAUUGAAACAGAUAAUAAAAUACUGAAGGACAUGGAUAGAAUGGCUGCUUUUCGCGAGGGUUUGAAGACUUGGGCGAAUUGGGUCGAUUCAGAUGUGAACACACUAAAAACGACCGUGUUUUUCCAAGGAGUUUCGCCGUCUCAUUACAAGUAA